CCCGGGAGAACCCGCUUUUGUUCCGCGGAGCUGCUGGCCCGAGGCGGCUAUUGUCUUGCGCCCCUGGCUGGGCUGCGUCAGGCUGGGGCCAGGGCUGGGCGGGUGGCGGUGUGAGCGCGGUGCCCCCGGGUGUGCAGGACGGGCCGCAGAGCCUCUAGAGCCUAUCCCCGGGGCCUGGGGGGCCGGGAACCCUGGCAGUUUGACCCUCCUCUUGGAACCGGCCCGGACCGAAUGGACGCUUCCUGGCCAGCGCCCAGGACAGGUGCCUAGGGACCCGGGUGGAGAGCCAGGGCCUUCCUGAGCAGCUUCUGUCUGUGCAGGAAGGAGGCUGAAGUCUGAAGAGGGAAGCCCGGGUAGGCCUUCUGCUCCCUGAGGGGGUUCCUCCUCUCCCCUCCGCACCCCCUGCGCCGGCUCUGACUCCCGGGAACUGCAAAGGAGCUUCUGGAGCUUUAAUGGAAGUCUUCUCUGCCUCCGAGGCGCACGUGAUGGGAGGGGAAGAGACAGGCCCUGCCCACUAAUGGAUGCUGGAGGGGAUCUCUAAGGAAAACGGGGUCCUCCCCCUCUCAGCAUUGAGGUGGGGGGAGGCAUAGGCAGUCUGCCCUCUGCUCAGAGCAGUCCUGGGUUCAGUAACAGGCAGGGAAACUGACUGAACAGAGGAGAGACCAGCCAAGACCCUCUGUGGUGGGUGGCAGGUCUCCCACACACCUGCCUACCUGGGCAGCCAGGCCCCUGCCUGUCGUACGGCCCUGGCGUGGCCCCCAGGGUCUGGCCCUCAGAGAUGGAGGGACCAGUUUUUGGAAAAUCCAUGGUCACAGUGUGUCUGAUGACCCUGAGCUGAGCUUGGGGAAGCUGAGGUGGAUGACAGUCAGCCCUGCUUUCCCACCCCAAGCUUGCUCCCCCAGCUUGGCUUUUUGGCUUCUCUGCCUGGGGCCACGCCCUGGCAGGUGCACUGCUGUGUGGAGGAGUAAGCUCCAGGUCCUGGAGACUGGUCAGAGGCUGUGGCACCAAGGGAAAGGGCAUUUUGUGGUGGCCAAGGGCUUGCUGCCUGGUGGGAGAUGACAGCCUGGCUUGUCCUGGACUCUACCUGGGAGGGCCAUAAUGGGGAUGGAGGAGAUUCAUUCAUUCAUCCAUCUGACAGCAGCCACCUCCUGCCCUCUGGGAGCCUGGCCUGCAGGUGUGGGAUCCAGGUGUGCAAUCUCACCUUAACUCAUUCUGUGUGUGCUAGCCAGGCCUUGGACAGGGGAGGGGCCUACCCCUGCAGUCUGUUCUUCAGGACACAGACCGUGGUUGUGCAUCUGUGAAGUCCGGUGGUUUGGGUAGAUAAGUACUAUGGGACCAGGGCCCAGCCACCUGUGCCCCAGCAUCCCUCUGUGUGUUGGUCCAAUCUUGCUUUUCUGCUCCCUGUGUUCCUUGCAUUUUGCCACAAAAGUGGGACUGGUGCUACCCAGCAUGUCCCACGACCCCAGCCCCCUCUGUCCUUCCCACCUCCCUGUGAAGAAGCUGAGUCCCAGGUGCGUGAUGGGGCCCAGAGCCCCUGUGCUGGGCUCAGCCCUGUGUUCCUGGGACCCUCUUGUGAGCAGGGGUAGGUGGUCUACCUCCCUGGCCACUCUGGCCCCUCCCACAAGCCUAAGGGAGCUCAUGGGAAACCCCACGCCUGGGCAGCAGCCUGUUUCCAGGCCAGUCCUGGGGGCCCCAGACCUGGUGCACCAGAGAUUGAAGAGCCAAGGGAGGGAUGAGUGCUGGGAGGCUGGGCGGGGUGCAAGAGGAGCAAGGAUGGGGCCCCGGCUGGGGAGGGGGUGAUGAGAGACGACUGACAGGAUGCAGCAUGUGGGGUUGGGCUGGAGGUGGGGUGUUCAGGGUAGAGCCCAUGUCUAGGGUACAGAGGGGAACAGUCCAGAGUUGGGUCUGAGGCAGAGGCUGUGUGGGGCUGCAGGGCCGGGGUCCCUGAGAGUGGGCCAGCCUGGGCAGGUGCACCUCAGACAUGGACACUGGGGCCAGACAGGGAUCCAGGGACUGCAGCCAACUCCUCUGUUGAGAGUCAGCCCACCAUUCCACAGCCCCACCCUAAAGAUGUUACAGAGACCUGAGCCACCAGAUGGCUAUGGGCCUCUCACUACUCUACACCUCAGUUUCUCCAUCUGCCAGCCAGCUCUGAGACUCCCAGAGUGGAUGUUGGGGAGGUGAUUGGCAGUUGGUGGCCCCUGUCCCUCUGUGUUGAGAGUCUGUGAGGCCCUGCAUGGAUAAGGGUCUCCAAUACACGGUGGAGGACGGGAGGAUGUGUGCUCACAAGUGUGCCUCUGGGAACAAUGGGCACCGUGCCCUUGGGGUGCUGUUAGAGCACACAGGUUGAUGUGCUCGGCCUGUGCCGGGCUGGGUGCUCACACACGUGCAUGUACGUGCAUGUGUCCCUGUCUGAGGGGUCAUGUAUAUGCAUGUGUGUGUGCCUGGGCAUGUGUAGCAGGGGCCUGGCUUUCCUGUGAUCACUGGCUGACUCAUGCUCCUGCCACCCGGGUGAAGUCAUCGCUCGUUUUUAGCUCCCUGAGGUCAUUUGCCAGCAGGGACUCUUGGGGCCUCUGGAUCUUACUGCGGGGCUGCUAGGCCGGGGCUGAUGGGUGGUGCUGCAGGGUUGCCAGGUCUUGCUGGGGGGCGUGGCUCUCCUGGACCACCCCAGCUCUGCCUGUCAGACCCUCACCACAGCCUUGGUGGGAGGGAUAAGCUGGGCCACAGAGUGGCAUCAGGGUCCUGAGAUGUCCUCCCCUUUUCCUUUCCCCCUUACCCCCACUGCCUAGCUAGGGAAGAGCGGGCUUUUCUCUGAGUCUUUAAUAGAUGUAAAUAUAUACACAUAUGAGGGGCUACAUCCCACUGGCAGUGUCCUGGGUAACGUCCCCUCAGUGUUGCUUCAUACCCUCCUCAAUCCGUCGCCAGAACUGCAGCCCCUCAGUGCCUGGGCCCCCGCUUGAACUCUGAUGAGCCCCCCCAGGUCCCAGCAGAGAGAGCUCAGGGCCUGACACACAUUUGCCAGAUACCAAUGGGGCAGCCCAGCCCCAGCAGUGAUGGGCCACACAAGUCUUCUCCUGCUUCACAUCAGUCCCAGCUCCCCAGUGCCUUUGAAGAAGAGCCCAGUCUGCCCUGCCUGGCAGCAUGCCAGUUGUCCCCACUCUAGGCCUCAGUCUAUUUCUUUUUCCCAGGGAACAGGUCCCCUUUUCCUAGCCCAGUCCGCAGCAGGCAUUCCACCUACAUCUCAAGACUGAGGGCGGGAUGAGGCCCAAAGCCUUCCUUGCCAGAUUGCCUUCUGUGGGGGUGCUUGAAAUCCCACUUGGACUGUGAAGUUCUAGGUAAAUCCUCUCCCCCUGCCAGGCCUCAGUUUCCCCAUCUAUAAAGUUACCUGUCAUCCUCCAAGACCCUGCCCGUGGGAGAGGGGGAGGUGCCUUCUGUGGCCACCUCUUUCCUCUGUCAGCCUAAGGGAUACACUUGUCCUAACAUGUUGGUGCAGGCCCCUUCCUGGACACCUGCACUGCAUGCAUUUGGGGGUCAAGUAUUCCCCCAGGAUAGGACCCUGACCUGGGGAGGCUUCCCAGCCCACGGGCCUUGGCAGGCAGGUCCUGAGGGCAGCGCUGAGCAUCUAACCUGGCUCACCUCCCAGGCCCAAGAAUGGGCAGAGCCUGCCUCUGGAGCCUGGCAGAGCUUGGUGUCUGUGCAGGCCCCAGGGGGCCCAGGCAAGAGACCCAUUGUGCAGGGACCAGGGGCCUGGGCCACAAAGCGGGACCUGUCCUCCUGCUGACCCUGCCCUGGCUGCCUGGGAAUGUGCUCCCCCUCUCCCACCCACCAAGGCUUGGGUUUCAGCUCCUGCCCAUCCUGGCUAGAUGCUGAUCUCCGGAUGUUGGUGCCAUGUGGCCCUGGGGCCAGGCACCUGUGCAGUCAGAGGCCCAGGGCAGGCUGUGGGUCUCAGGUCCUCAAGCCACUCAGCGCGGCAGGGGUUGGGCCUGGCUCUGAUGUGGCCCAGCCUAUCCUCUUUGAGCCUCAGUUUCCCCACUGGCAAGUCUAGUCAGUAGGCAUGUGGAUAGAAAGGUCUCAGUCCAGAGCUGUCUUGCCUAGAAUUCCACUGUCGUCACCCCAUGCAGAAUGGUGGCAAGGGCACCCAUAGGCUCAAAUCUACUGUGUCUGGUCUCUGAUAUAAUGCCCAGAGUCUCAGUCACUGGGGGCACCAGCCACUGGCCCGAGGUAGGGCCAGCCUGUGCCUACACAACACUCAAGAAUGUCUGGGCUGGAAGGAAUAAGGACAUAUUGGUGCUGCAGGAGCAGAGCCCAGGCAGCCAGGCCUCACUGGCCACAAUGCCGGAGGCACCUGAUGUGCUGGAGGAGACCGUGACAGUGGAGGAGGACCCCGGCACACCCACUUCCCAUGUGUCUAUUGUCACAUCCGAAGAUGGCACGACCCGGCGCACCGAGACCAAGGUCACCAAGACUGUCAAGACGGUGACCACUCGGACAGUACGCCAGGUGCCCGUGGGCCCGGACGGACUCCCCCUGCUGGAUGGCGGCCCCCCACUAGGCCCUUUUGCAGAUGGUGCCCUGGACCGGCAUUUCCUGCUGCGUGGUGGUGGCCCAGUGGCCACACUCUCUCGAGCCUACCUCAGCAGUGGGGGUGGCUUUCCCGAAGGCCCCGAGCCCCAGGACAGCCCCAGCUAUGGCAGCCUGUCCCGAGGGCUGGGCCUGCGGCCCCCACGUGCUGGCCCCCUUGGCCCAGGCCCUGGUGAUGGCUGCUUCACACUGCCUGGCCACCGGGAAGCCUUCCCGGUGGGUCCUGAGCCUGGGCCACCAGGUGGCCGCUCCCUGCCCGAGUGCUUCCAGGCAGAGCCGUAUGGCUUGGAGGAUGACACGCGCAGCCUGGCCGCUGAUGACGAGGGUGGCCCUGAGCUGGAGCCUGACUAUGACACGGCCACGAGGAGGAGGCCUGAGUGUGGGCGGGGCCUUCAUACCAGGGCCUACGAGGACGCAGCAGAUGAUGGCGGCGAGCUGACGGACGAGCGGCCUACGUUCCCAACGGUGACGGCGCCCCUGGCCCAGCCUGAACGGGGCAGCCUGGGCAGCCUGGACCGGCUGGUGCGGCGUUCGCCCUCAGUGGAUAGCGCCCGCAAGGAACCGCGCUGGCGGGACCCUGAGCUGCCUGAGGUGCUGGCCAUGCUGCGGCACCCCGUGGACCCCGUGAAGGCCAAUGCGGCCGCCUACCUGCAGCAUCUGUGCUUUGAGAACGAGGGUGUCAAGCGGCGUGUACGGCAGUUGCGGGGGCUGCCGCUGCUUGUGGCACUGCUGGACCACCCGCGGGCUGAGGUGCGGCGCCGGGCCUGUGGGGCACUGCGCAACCUCUCCUAUGGCCGCGACACUGACAACAAGGCCGCCAUCCGGGACUGUGGUGGUGUGCCUGCCCUGGUGCGCCUGCUGCGGGCCGCCCGGGACAACGAGGUCCGCGAGCUUGUCACUGGCACCCUGUGGAACCUGUCAUCCUAUGAGCCCCUGAAGAUGGUCAUCAUUGACCAUGGCCUGCAGACGCUGACCCACGAGGUGAUCGUGCCCCACUCAGGAUGGGAGCGUGAGCCCAACGAGGACUCCAAGCCACGGGACGCCGAGUGGACAACUGUCUUCAAGAACACGUCGGGCUGCCUGAGGAAUGUGAGCUCCGAUGGUGCUGAGGCCCGGCGGCGACUCCGGGAGUGUGAAGGGCUGGUGGACGCACUUCUGCAUGCCCUGCAGUCGGCUGUGGGCCGAAAGGACACUGACAACAAGUCGGUGGAGAACUGCGUGUGCAUCAUGCGGAACCUGUCCUACCACGUGCACAAGGAGGUGCCCGGGGCCGACAGGUACCAGGAGGCCGAGCCCGGGCCCCUGGGCAGUGCUGUAGGCUCCCAGCGCCGGAGGCGGGAUGAUGCCAGCUGCUUUGGUGGCAAGAAGGCCAAAGAGGAGUGGUUCCACCAAGCAAAGAAGGAUGGUGAGAUGGACCGGAACUUUGACACGCUAGACCUUCCCAAGCGAACUGAGACCGCCAAAGGCUUUGAGCUGCUGUACCAGCCCGAGGUGGUACGUCUCUACCUCUCCCUCCUCACGGAGAGCCGGAACUUCAACACCCUGGAGGCUGCCGCCGGCGCUCUGCAGAACCUCAGUGCCGGCAACUGGAUGUGGGCCACAUACAUCCGCGCCACAGUGCGCAAAGAGCGCGGGCUGCCAGUGCUUGUGGAACUGCUGCAGUCUGAGACCGACAAGGUGGUGCGCGCCGUCGCCAUCGCUCUGCGCAACCUCUCGCUGGACCAACGCAACAAAGACCUCAUCGGGAGCUACGCCAUGGCCGAGCUUGUGCGGAAUGUGCGCAAUGCACAGGCUCCGCCGCGACCGGGGGCCCGCCUGGAGGAAGACACCGUAGUGGCGGUGCUCAACACCAUCCACGAAAUCGUGUCCGACAGCCUGGAUAACGCGCGCUCACUCCUGCAGGCACGCGGGGUGCCAGCGUUGGUGGCUCUCGUCGCCUCCAGCCAAUCGGUACGCGAGGCGAAGGCGGCGUCACACGUGCUGCAGACAGUGUGGAGCUACAAGGAGCUGCGUGGUACCCUGCAGAAAGAUGGUUGGACCAAGGCGCGCUUCCAGUCAGCUGCUGCUACUGCCAAGGGGCCUAAGGGAACACCGAGUCCUGGGGGCUUCGAUGACAGCACGCUGCCACUGGUGGACAAGAGCGUUGAGAGCGAGAAAACUGGCAGCCGGGAUGUGAUCCCCAUGGACGCGCUUGGCCCAGACGGAUACUCCACGGUGGACCGGAGGGAGCGGAGGCCACGGGGCACCAGCUCUGCAGGAGAGGCCUCUGAGAAGGAACCCUUGAAACUCGACCCCAGCAGGAAGGCCCCUCCCCCCGGGCCCAGCAGGCCCGCGGUCAGGCUGGUGGACGCCGUGGGGGACGCUAAGCCUCAGCCCGUUGACUCCUGGGUCUAGCUUGCAUGCCUGGGCCCAGGCCCAGCCUCCUGUUCUUAGGGCUUGGAUCGUGGAAGAAGGGCCACCCUGAGCAGAUCGUGCCGUGGAGCUUGGAGCCCCCUGGCGGCAGGGGUUGGCAGCGCCUCACCCCAGCCAAGCCUGACUUUGGGGACACCCUCCUGCCCCCCCCCCCACUCCCCCCAUCCUACCUAACUCCCUAGGCCUGAGUUAGCUGUUUACUGACAUGGUGCUGUGUGUGAGCGAGUGACAGAAGGCCCGAGGAGGCCGACUGGGCUGCUGGGGCAGGGCCCAGGGAGGUGGCAGGGAAGGGUGCCUGGCUGGGCUUUGGGGCUGGUGGGUUAGGAGGGUGCCCCAGGAACACAGUGCCCCAGUGGUGCGGGCCAGGUCUGGCGCCAGGGGCAAGCGGCUAGGCAGGGAGGGGGCUGGGAAAGAACUUGGACUCCUAAAGGUGGAGGGGCUCCCUGGGCACCCUGCAGCCAGGCAGACCACAGUGUGGGGGGUGCCCCACAAGGCCCAGCCCUGGGCAAGGAAGCUUUGGAAGCAGCAAGGUGGGGGUCAGGCUACAGGUGCCGCAUCUCCCCAGAGCCCUGCAGUCAUGCGAGGCUCCUGUGCAGUAGAGAGCCCUUCUCCAGCCGAUGCUGGCUGGGGCCGGGGCCGCGGCGUCUGCCUGGAGCCUGGGCAGCACCUCCGCUACUGACCUUCGGCAGUGGCUUGGGGACUGCUUUCAGUGCCUGCUGUUCGUGACUCAGAAACAGAAGAAAAUCACUGAGAAAAAGCAUUAAAAAUAAGCCAAAAUAAGACUAUUGGUAAACAUCUAAAUUUUUGUAAGAAAAUUUAAAAAUUAAAGCAGCAAAGGAA